UGCUGGGACGUAAUCACGUCAUGCCGUAACUGGGGAGCCGCACAACCGCAUUGUUGUUGGCGAAAAGAAACCAGGGGCUGCUAGCUACUGAUCGUUAGCAAGUCGCAAAAGGACAUUAGUAUUUGGUGGCUCCUCAGAAAUAUUUAUGUUUGUAAUAGAAUCGAAUUUGGAAUUUAGACCGUCGUCGUUUAAAUUUAUAAUUCAAAGCUGCUCGAGCGGUGCCCGUUGGAUGAGAGGAUUGUGUGUGGAUUUACUGCUGCUGCUCUGCAGGCCACAUCGCCAUUGCUUGCAAGCGCUGCUGUUUUCAAAAGCGGAAUUACUGAAAAUACAAAGCAUUUUUUUAGGUCUUCAUGAUGAAGAAAAAAGUACGGCAUUAUAAUCGCAUGUCCACGCCCCAGAGGCCCCCCUCUCCCAUCAAACCUUCACCGAACAAGGAGACCCUGACAUACGCCCAGGCCCAGCGCAUGGUGGACCUAGAGAUAGAUGGCCGCGUGCACAGGAUCAGCAUCUAUGACAAGCUGGAUGUCAUCGCUGACGAUGAUCCCACGGCCCAAGAGAUCAUGGAGUGCAACAGCAACAAGGAGAACAACGAGAAGCCCCAGCAAGUGCUGGUGCGCUCGGUGAGGCUCAAAAACAACCAGCAGAAGAAGAGCGCCGCCCUCACCACCACGCAUGGGGCUGCCCCGCAAGGGAGCGCCCUCCUGGAACCCAAGUUCCGCGCAGUGGAGUACAACCUUCCCGCGGUGCCUCGGCGGCCCUCCAUAUAUUAUAAGUAUUCUGAGAAGACUGCCGAAGAGCUGGAUGAGGAAGUGGAGUACGACAUGGAUGAGGAGGACUACGCUUGGCUGGAUCUUCUCAAUGAGAAGAGGAAAAGUGAGGGCGUCAGUCAGGUGUCCCAGAACCUCUUUGAGUUCCUUAUGGACCGCUUUGAGAAGGAGUCCUUCUUUGCCAGCCAGGGUCGGAGCGACCCGCAGACCCUCAUCGAUGAGGAUGCUGUGUGCUGCAUCUGCAUGGAUGGAGACGGACAGGACAGCAACGUCAUCCUCUUCUGUGACUCAUGCAACAUUGCCGUGCACCAGGAGUGCUACGGUGUUCCCUACAUCCCUGAGGGCCAGUGGCUGUGUCGCCACUGCCUCCAGUGCCCCUCACGGCCCGCUGAGUGUGUGUUCUGCCCCAACAAAGGCGGUGCCCUGAAGAAGACUGAUGAUGACCGCUGGGGCCACGUGGUGUGUGCCCUGUGGGUGCCAGAAGUGGGCUUCUCCGACACAGUCUUUAUCGAGCCCAUUGACGGUGUCAGCAAUAUUCCGCCCGCCCGUUGGAAACUCACCUGCUACCUCUGCAAGGAGAAGGGCACCGGGGCCUGCAUCCAGUGUCACAAGGUUAACUGUUACACAGCCUUCCAUGUCAGCUGUGCCCAAAAGGCCGGCCUCUACAUGAAAAUGGAGCCUGUCAAAGAAGUCACAGAUACGGGGUCGCCCACUUUCUCUGUGAAGAAAACAGCCUUCUGCUGUGCUCACACUCCUAAAGGGUGCACCCGGAGACCCCUUGCUAUCUACAAGGAAGGCCAUGCUAAAAACGGUGUCUGUCACAAGAGGGGCGACAAAAGAGGGAUGACGAGGUUAAAAGGGUGGCAGAAGAAGAAGAGCAAGAGAAUAGUGGUGGUGCCUGAGGAAGAGGCUCCAGCUGUGCCUGGGCCUAGUAUAACCCCCAGCAGUUUCGACACGAUCCUCAAUCAAGUGUCUGUCCAGAAGAAGAAGGCGUUUGUGGAGCGGGUCCUGAGCUACUGGAUGCUGAAGAGACAGUCGAGGAACGGCGUGCCACUGAUCAGGCGGCUACAGGCCAACCCUCAACCCCCCAAACCAGAGCAGCCGGUCAGUCUAGUGGAUCGCAGGGUGGAGGAUAAUCGAGUGAUGAAGGAGCAGCUAAAGGAAUGGCACCGCCUACGCCACGACCUGGAGCGAGCUCGCCUACUGCUCGAAAUGAUCAGGAAGAGGGAGAAGAUAAAGAGAGAGGAGGUGAAGCUCCAACAGUCCGUUCUAGAGGUACAGCUCACACCCUUCAACAUUCUACUACGAGCUGUCCUGGACCAGCUUCAGGAGAAGGACCAGGCCAAGAUCUUUGCCCAGCCUGUCAGCGUUCAAGAGGUGCCUGACUACUUGGACCACAUCAAGAACCCAAUGGACUUCUCCACCAUGAGGAAGCGCAUUGAGGCCCACGGCUACAAGAGCCUGGAGGAGUUUGAGGCUGACUUCAACCAGAUCAUAUUCAACUGCAUGAAGUACAACGCCAAGGACACGUUCUUCCACAAGGCCGGUCUGCGUCUACAAGAUCAAGGCGAGGCCAUCCUCAGGAAGACUCGUCGGUAUGCAGAGCGAAUCGGCUUUGACUUUGUCAGCGGGAUGCACCUCCCUGAGCCGCCCAAGGUGGAGGCUCUUCCCCCUUUCUCCUGGGACGAUGUGGACCGGAUACUAAACCCAGCCAACCGCCAGCACAUGUCUUUGGAGGAGCAACUUAAAGAGCUGCUGGAGAAGCUGGACCUGAGCAGUGCCAUGAAGUCCAGUCCGUCUCGCAGCAAGCGACUGAAGCUGCUCAAAAAGACCAUCACAGAUGUUCGCAGCGAGAUAUACCUAAAGACGAGGCACCCCGCUGCCGCUUCCUCUGAACCGAAACCAGCAGAUACUGAGGAUAAACCGCUGCCUCCCACUGGACACAGCACACAGGAAGAAGGAGGCAAGUCUUUGCCCCCACCAAAACUAGAGCCGUUGAACUCUUCGCCGUCGCUUGUCAACUCAGACAGUCAUUCAGAACCUCCCAUGCUCAAGCCCAUCAAAUCCAAUGCAGACAAGAGUCAGAAGACCUCCAAGUGCAACGGUGUCAAGACCGCUGCCUCUGUACCCCAGGAACCCGUCAACGGGCACAUCUGUAACCCGCUGUUCCCAGUCAGUGACCUCAGUUUCGUGGCCACCUCUAUGCUCGCAGAGCCCUCUGGCACGGGCAACAGGCGGACCAAUGUGCUCUUAUGCAAGUCCAAGAGUGCUAGCCUGCAGAAGCCCCCAAGGACAGCAGAGCACUUGCCCGGCUCCCCGCCGCUGGGGGCCAAAACCUUCCUCUCUGUUGUCAUUCCUCGCCUUGAGACCCUCCUUUUACCCAGGAAGAGGACCCACAGCUCCAGUGGAGACUGUGACGAAGAUGAGGAGGAAUCGCCCAUCAAGCGCCUUGACACAGGACUAGCUAAUGGCUUUGUCGUUGAGCCAGAGAGCGAGGCUAGCCCCAGUAGGCCGCUGGAGCCUCGCCGACGCUGUGCCUCUGAGUCCAGCAUCUCCUCUAGCGGCAGCGUGCUGUGUAGCACAAGCACGGUCAGAGUGCCAAAAAACGGAAAAGGGAGGCCAUCCAUGGCACGUAGGAGCACAGUGGACGACAAAAACGCACUCAUCACCUGUAUAGAAAAUGGGGACUUUACCAAAGCCGCUAAGAUUGCAGCAGAUCAUAGACCACAAGAUGCCGAGGGCGGGGUGUCACCACAACGGGGUCUCUCUCCCUCUACCCCCUCUGGACGUCCUCAGGGUCGGCGAGCAGAUGCAGUACAGGUCCGAAGAGAAACUCUUCCUCGUCCACUUCUUCGACAACAAGCGCAGCUGGCAAUGGCUUCCUAGAGACAAGAUGGUUCCCUUUGGUAUCAAUAAGACUGUGGACAAGAUCAAACUGAUGGAGGGCUGCUCCUCUGGCAUCCGUAAAGCAGUGCAGACCGCCUUUCAUCGUGCUGUGAGCCACCUGAGCCAGGUCAAGGACAAGCCUAGCAGCAAGCCCUACAAUGUGGACUAAACCUGCUCAUGCAUCCCCUCACCUCUAGGUGGAGCCCUUCUUCAACUCUCCUUAGUUUACUUGAUAUUCCACAGCAGUCCCAGUAUUCCUCUAACACACACACACCCUCUCUUCGUGUUUACUGUGUACUGGGGUAGAAUCUAAAGCCCUCAAGUAAGUAGCCCUACGGUCUCUUGGUGCAGGUUUCCAUUCCACCUCGUCUUGAUUAUAUCAACUGAGCUGCUCAUGGGUAAAUGGUAUGUGUAUGACACCACUACACGCAUGCUCCCUUUUAAUCUAUCCCAUUCUAAAAACUGUAGCUGGCAACAUGUAAUAUCCACAUGAAUCAAUGAGCUAUGCAACUGAACUCAAGCGAUUUGGGUUGGCGUGUGCAAAAAACCUUAAUACAGAGUCCUAGAACUGACUCAAGAAAAUCACUGGCCUAACCUGAUGAAUGUUGAAUUUCUGUCCUGUAAUAUGCUGCACAUUUCACUGCUGCAACUUCCACUUCCAUCAUGAUUCUCACCCUCAUUUCCUCUCUGCAGUUGCCCUGUAUUUAACCCUGUAAAUACCUGUACAAGGCGUGACACUAAUUUAUUCAGUUUUUAGUUAUUGGUACUGCGUGUUCACUUUCUUGCUAUUUAUGCUGUAGGGGUGAUUCAUGUCAGCACUAUGGUGCUUAUUAAAUAUUCGCUGGUGCUACAACCUGUGCAAGUCUUGGCUACAACUGAGACUCAUCCAGGGCAAAAUAUAUACUGUAUCGAUUAAACGUUUGUUUUUAUUUCGGCUACUUUUUUUUAAGGUUUCUUAAGUUAUUGAAGUUUAUGGACAAGCUUCUCUCUGCAUUAUUGUGGUUUUUAAAUACAAUAAUGUUUUUAUGGGAAUUAGUGUGUUUUGUUUGUACAUAUUUAUAUAAAUCUAUAUAAUUGUAUACAUAAGAUGCUUUCAAUGUUUAAAACCAGAAAGUGCAUCAUUCACACAAAACCAAAAAUUUGCUGCCCAGAUUUGAUUAUUUUUUAUUUUUUUUACAGUUUUUGGUGUGUGUGUGUGUGUGUGUGUGUGUGUGUGUGUGUGAGAGAGAGAUCUGUGAAUAACCUGUAAAAACGUUGUCUUCGUUCACAAUGGUUUUGACUGUGUUACAGGGACCUAUACCAUGACCAUAGGUGAAUGUGCCUGUACUAAUUUAUUGUAAAGAAGAAAUGUAUAUGCAUUACUUUAUAUAGAAAGAAUUGUAAGAGCUACUAUUGUCUCACUAGGAGCCAACUGUGUAAAGGACAUUUUUGCAUAUUGUUUGUUUUAAUCAGAGGCAUUAAUCUUAAAGGUGGGGUGAUAGAAUCCAUUACGUUUUAUUCAGUUAGGAGGAUCUGGGGUAGCAGUGGGUAGAUUUCUUUUUCAAAAUCCAUUUUUGUAUGGAUGUUCUGUAAAUAGACUUGAUCCUGGUCUUAUUCUCUGGGAAAACCACAUUAUAGCCAAUGGGAGUGGAUGCUGGCAAAGUCCAGUAUGUUUUUAUAUAAAAACACUGAAAAUAAAAUAAAAAAUGGUAUUGAAUCACUGA